AUGGCGCAACCUCCCUUUCAGCAGCAGCAGCAGCAGCCAUCUUAUGGUGGACAGCCUGCCUACCAAGGAGUCGGAAGUUCUAUGAUGCAUCCCGCUGACCCAAAUGAUCUCGGCAUGGAGAAUUUACAAAUAUCGAAUCAACAACCAGCGGCAAAGAAAAAGAAGAAGGAUAGGCACGCAUAUCAUGUAGUCGAAGCUCAAGGCUCCUCACAAGCAUUUAAUGGAAUACCGCAGGGCGGCGUUCCACCGUCAUCAUAUCUCAAUGCCGAUCCUUCAUCAAUGUCAUCUCCCGGCGGCCAGUUCCUAAAUUCGCCCAUUACACCUCAAAUGUCACAGUUUCCUGCCCCUGUGAAUUUGCCUUUCAACCCCGCGAAUCUUGCCACGUCUGCCGAAUUUGCUGCGAGAAAUGGGUCUGGGGAUGGCUUCUCUGCUAAUGUGCAGACUUCUGCGCAAGGCCGAGUAGACCCAGAUCAAAUUCCCAGCGUACCCCGAUCGAGAGACGCGAUAGCGCAGUAUUACCUCAAGAACGUAUACCCGACCUUCGAACAUCACCUUCCUCCUACAGCUACAGUGCCAUUUGUUGCCUAUGAUCAAGGAAAUUCUUCACCAAAAUUCGCACGUUUAACGAUGAAUAAUAUUCCAUCCACGGCAGAUGCGUUACAUUCGACAGGGCUGCCACUUGGCCUUCUUUUGCAACCACUAGCCUCAUUACAGCCAGGUGAGCUUGAGAUACCAGUUUUGGACUUUGGAGAAACAGGCCCUCCUAGAUGUCACCGAUGCCGUGCCUAUAUCAACCCAUUCAUGGUGUUCAGAUCCGGAGGCAAUAAAUUUGUAUGCAAUAUGUGCAACUAUGCGAACGACGUACCUAUGGAAUACUUCUCUGCGACUACACCACAGGGGGCUAGAGUUGAUAGAGAACAGAGACCUGAAUUAAUGCGAGGGACGGUUGAAUUCUUGGUUCCCAAAGAAUACUGGUCUCAAAAGCCUGUGGGUUUGAGGUGGAUUUUCUUGAUUGAUGUUGGCCAAGAAGCGCUCAACAAAGGGUUCUUGGAAGCAUUCUGUGAAGGCAUUCUGGCAGCUUUGUACGGAGGCGACGACUCAACCGAAGAGGAUGGAUCUUUGAAACGCAGAAUCCCCGAAGGAUCAAAGGUUGGAUUCGUGACCUUCGAUAAGGAUAUUCAUUUCUACAACAUGAAUCCUAAGCUGGACCAAGCUCAAAUGCUGAUUAUGCCGGACAUUGAUGAUCCAUUUGUUCCUCUUAGUGAUGGACUUUUCGUGGAUCCGUAUGAAGCCAAGUCUAACAUUACUUCUUUGCUGAGUCAACUUCCACAACUAUUUUCUCAAAUCAAAAACCCUGAGCCAGCAUUACUUCCAACCAUCAAUGCAGCUAUGGCAGCUCUUGAGAAGACUGGAGGGAAAAUUGUGUGCUCUCUAUCGGCUCUUCCAACUUGGGGGCCUGGAAGAUUAUUCCUACGUGAUGACGGAAAACAGCAUGGUGGAGAGCAGGACAAAAAGUUGUUCACUACUGAACAUCCCGGUUGGAGGAAAGCAGCAGAUAGGAUGGUUUCGACUGGAGUUGGUAUUGACUUGUUCCUUGCGGCUCCUGGCGGCGGAUAUCUUGACAUUGCGACAAUAGGUCAUGUCGCUGCUGCUACCGGAGGAGAAACGUUUUACUACCCCAAUUUUGUCUCUCCACGAGAUAACGAGAAAUUAUCACAUGAAGUUGUGCGCUCCGUUACACGAGAGACUGGAUAUCAAGCGCUGAUGAAGGUCCGAUGUUCAAAUGGUUUGCAGAUAUCUUCAUAUCAUGGCAACUUUAUUCAACAUACCUUUGGAGCUGAUAUUGAAUUUGGAGUCAUUGAUUCGGAUAAGGCCAUGGGAGUUUUAUUCAGCUAUGACGGGAAACUAGAUUCUAAGCUGGAUGCUCACUUCCAAAGUGCCCUACUCUACACUACGGCUAGUGGUGAGCGAAGGGUAAGGUGCUCCAAUGUUAUCGCUAGUGUAAGCGAUCAACCCAAGGAGUGCAUGAACUUUGUAGAUCAAGACGCUAUAUACGCAUUAAUUGCAAAAGAGGCAGCAUCAAAAAUGUUGGCAAAUACACUGAAGGAAAUCCGAGGCGCUUUGUCGGAAAAGAACGUUGAUAUCUUGGCCGGAUAUCGCAAAAACUUCUCAGGAUCUCAUCCUCCAGGUCAACUAGUUCUACCAGAGCACCUCAAAGAAUUCAGCAUGUAUAUCCUGGGUCUUGUCAAAUCUCGAGCUUUCAAGGGAGGAUCAGAACCUUCCGAUCGCCGAGUUCACGACGCACGCAUGAUCAAAAGCAUGGGCGCUCUUGAACUCUCCUUGUACCUUUAUCCUCGCAUGAUCCCAAUUCAUAAUCUCGCCCCUGAAGAUGGGUUCGCAAACGAAGAUGGCCAUCUUAGGAUGCCGCCCUCGGUACGAGCCUCUUUCGCUAGAGUCGAAGAAGGCGGUGUAUAUCUUGUGGAUAAUGGACAGAUCUGCUAUCUCUGGAUGCACGGUCAAACCUCACCUAACUUUAUCAUGGAUUUAUUCGGCGAAGACAAAGAGAAUCUCAAGGCACUGGAUCCAUAUCUCUCAUCCUUACCUGUUCUUCAAACACAUCUCAGCGCUCAAGUACGAAAUAUACUGGAAUACUUAAAGACGAUGCGUGGAGCCAAAGCCUUAACGAUUCAGCUUGCUAGACAAGGGCUCGAUGGCGCCGAAUACGAAUUUGCCAGACUAUUGGUGGAGGAUAGAAACAAUGAGGCUCAGAGCUAUGUGGACUGGCUGGUUCACCUGCAUCGACACGUGCAGCUGGAGUUGACAGGCCAAAGGAAAAAGGAUGAUAGUGGGGAUAACUCCAUAGCGUCGAAUUUUGCAGGAUUGAGACCGCCCUAUUGGUAG